GGGUGCCAUUUUGAUCAGGGACUUCUGUCCCUGGCGGCGGGGACAAGUCAGUCAAGACGGGGAAUGGCUCCCGGGACCGCGGGUGAAUCACAAGACAUGGUGCCUGUGUCAUCUAGUGCUGAAGGCGAUGCUAUCAAGGUUUAUGUGAGGGUCCGUCCUCCUUCAGAAGGAACCCUACAUGUUGAUGUGGAGAAUGGGAUGUGUUUAUCUAUUCUUUCACCAAGCACCAUCCGUCUGCAUUCAAAGCCUGAACCUAAGAUUUUCACCUUUGAUCAUGUAGCAGAUAUGAACACAACACAGGAAUCAGUGUUCACAAGUGUGGCAAAAAAUAUAGUUGAAUCAUGCAUGAAUGGCUACAAUGGAACAAUUUUUGCAUACGGGCAGACUGGUUCCGGGAAGACAUUUACUAUGAUGGGACCUCCUGACUUGGAUAACUUUGCUCAUGAUCUGAGAGGUGUGAUACCACGAAGUUUUGAAUAUCUUUUUUUCCUAAUUGAACGUGAAAAAGAAAAGGCUGGUGCUGAAAAGAGUUUUCUCUGUAAAUGUUCAUUCAUUGAAAUCUAUAAUGAACAGAUAUUUGAUUUGCUGGAUUCUGCUUCAACUGUACUCUUUCUCAGAGAACAUAUCACAAAAGGGGUGUUUGUUGUUGGAGCAGUGGAGCAAGUGUUGACCUCAGCUGCUGAAGCGUAUCAGGUAUUAACAAUGGGCUGGAGAAAUCGUCGCGUAGCAUCUACCUCAAUGAAUAGAGAGUCCUCCAGAUCGCAUGCUGUCUUUACUAUCACAGUAGAAUCAAUGGAAAAGAACAAUGAAGUUAUGAACAUUCGAUCCUCUCAACUCAAUUUAGUGGAUUUGGCUGGAUCUGAGAGACAAAAAGAUACUCAUACAGAAGGAGUUAGGUUAAAGGAAGCAGGGAACAUAAACCGGUCGUUAAGUUGCUUAUGUCAAGUUAUCACUGCACUUGUUGAUCUGGGCAAUGGAAAGCAGAGGCACGUUUGCUAUAGAGACUCCAAACUUACAUUUCUGCUAAGGGAUUCACUUGGUGGGAAUGCUAAAACAUGCGUCAUAGCAAAUGUUCAUCCUGGAUCCAGAUGUUUUGGUGAAACCUUGUCCACUCUUAAUUUUGCUCAGAGGGCAAAACUGAUUAAAAAUAAGGCUGUGAUAAAUGAAGACACACAAGGAAAUGUAAAACAGUUACAAGCAGAAGUGAAGAAACUGAAGGAGCAGCUUGCUCUGCUUGCUUUAGGACAAUCUGUGCACGACACUUCACUUUCUACAGAUACCAGAGCACAUGAUGCGGGACAUAUAGAUUAUAGGAAUCGAUUUCUUCAAGCUAUGCUGUUCUUGGAAAAAUCUGAAAGUGAAAAAAAGGUGCUGUUAGAAAAAGUUGCCAAAUUAGAAGAUGUCUGUGUCAAAAAGGAGAAAUUCAUUCAGUCCAAUAAAAUGAUAAUUAAAUUUAGAGAAGAUCACAUAGCUCGCAUGGAAAAACUACAUAAAGAAGAUCAUGACAGCUUAUUGCCCAAAGAACAAGAGGAGUUGAUCGGAGAACUGAAGAAGGAACUGAAGACUCUCAGAGAACAGGUGGAGCAACAUCCCCGUGUUGCAAAAUAUGCCAUGGAGAACCAUGUCCUCCGAGAAGAGAACAAACAACUCCGUUCUUUACAGUCUGUGAAACGAAUACAAGAAAUUGAUGCUCAGACCAUAAGAGAAUUGGAAAAAGUUUUCUUAGAGGUUUCAGGCAGAGAGUAUAACAAUAGAGGCCAGCAGGCAUGUUCUAUCCCCUUGUCAACAGACAGCAGUACAGCAGCAUCUAUUGAAAAGCUGAAAGAACGUCUGCUGCAUACACAGAGUGAACUGGCAAGUUCCAAACAAGAACAUGAAGAAUUCAAAGAAUUAACAAAGAAAAAACAGAUGGAACUAGAUUCAGAACUGCAGUCUUUACAAAGAGCAAACCAGCAUCUUGAAAAAAUCUUGGAAGCAACUAAGGCUUGUAAACGCCAGGAGGUCUCAUAUCUUAACAAAGUGCAUAUAGAAACUCUAAAGAGCAUGACAACUCCAACAAAAGCUUAUCAGUUAAGGUCUAGAUUGGUGCCACGGUUAACCCCUGAAAUGUUGAACCAGGAAUCUCCUCAGAGUUCUGGAGAGAUGGCGGGUGAUAUUUUCAAUGAACCCAUGCCUGCUGAGAUGAAUGAACAAGCCUAUGAGGCAAUUGCAGAGGAGUUGGAAAUCGCUCAGAAAGAAUUAAGCUCUCUUCAGAUGAAAUUAGAUGAAGAAGAAACUAAAGCUAUAAAACUUCAGCAGCACAUUAAUAAAUUGGAGCACCAUUCUUCACAAAUGCAGGAGCUUUUUGCCUCAGAAAGAAGUGGUUGGCAAACUGAAAAGCAAGGCCUGCUUGAAAAGAUAGACUGUCUUGAAAAGCAGUGUGAUGAUCUGGAGAACAAGGCUAACAUAUUAAACAGUGAGGUUCAUGACUUGCGAAUUGUCCUACAGUCUGCAGAUAAAGAACUGUCUGCUGUAAAAAUGGAGUAUAAUACUUUCAGAAGAAAUCAAGAGAAAGAAAUCAGCAAAGUGUCUAUCAGACAUAUGAAUGUACAACUGCAACUUGAUAAUGUCAGGCUGGAGUAUGAAAAAGUACUUGAAGAAAAAACAAGCUUGCAAGAUGACUAUGACAAUCUCCAGGAAAUAUUGAAAUUUGAGACUGACCAGUUGACACAGCAGGUCCUUGAUGGCAAGCAUGAAAGGGAAGCUCUAAAAACAGAACUUCAAAAUGUGUUGGGCCUAUUGCAACAUGAAAAGGAACAGAAUCAGAAAUUAACUCUGCAGUUACAAGAAGAUAAAGAGCAGAUUUCCAAGGAGCAUCUAAAAGAUCUCCAGAUCAUGGAGCUGGAGAAACAUACUGCUGAAAUGGUGUCAAAGUGUGAGCAGCAGGAUGCAAAGCUUCAGAAACUGGAGUGCAAUUUAAAGGCUGCUGAACAAAUUAUUGCUUCUCUGGAGAAAACCAAUGCUACUGAUAAGGGACUUGUAUCAGAUCUGAUGAGCCAGAUUCUGGAGAUGAGGAUGUCAAUCAAUCAGAAGCUGGAGUGCAUUGAAGGACUCACAAGUGAUCUGGAAGAUCUAAAAUGUAAAUAUAAUUCAGGUUUGGCUGCAAAAGAAGAAAGCAAAUCAGUUAUAGAAGACCAGAAAAGACAAAUUGAAGAAUUGAGGGAGGCCUUGGAGAGAGCACAAACUGCUGAUAAAAUUGAGAAGGAAAUUCUUUGUGAAGAACUGCAUCACACUUCUGAGCAGUUAAACAGUUUAACAGAAGCUUCUAAAAACCAUGCAGCACUUCUUCAGUCUGCACAAGAAGACCUAAUUAGGAAGGAAGCCUUAAUCCAGGAACUUCAGGAACAGCUGAAGAAAAAGACAGAAGAAUUGGAAAACAAGAGAACUGAAUAUGAAUCUAAAAUGCGUCAAAUAGACUGUGUCAUGGAAUCCUCUGCUGUAGCACUUCCACAGACUCCCCAAACUCCACCCAAUUUUGACAAAAAUCUCGCAAAGCUGCUGGAGACACACGAACAGGAGAUAGCAGAUCAAAGAGCAUCUGUAUUUACUUUGGAACAUCUUGUAUCAGAGUUAAAUGAAGAAAGAGAUGCUAAAAAUAAUGAAAUUCUAAGACUAAAGACUCAGCUGUGCAAACUGGAAAACACUCGUCUGGAAAUGCAGGUAUUAAUGGAAAAUAACAGAAAUCUGCAGAGCCAACUUGAGGAAGCCAGAAGAGGAAGGAGGACAAGUGGUGCAAAAUAUCCAAAUAUUCAAGACCUGAGAGAGAGAGAAAAGGAAAUGGCUGAAUCAAGGAUGGUAAAUAAUAAAGUAAUGGAAGAAAUGCAAAAAAUCAGAUCUGAGUUGGAAAACACCAGAAAUGAACUGGGAAGCAAAACAAUUGCCUUUCAGGAAAUGGUUCAAGAGCUGGAACGAGUAAAAUGUUUGGAGUCAAAGACAUUCAAGGAGAAAGAAGAAAUGAGAUCAAAACUGGACGAAAUGUGUGAAGAAAGAGUAAAAUCUGAAAAAGAGAUGUAUCUUUUGAGGAAACAGAUUGAAUCUCUUGCUGAGGAGAAUGGGAAGCUGGUUGGCCACCAAAAUGUAAAUCAGAAGAUUCAGUAUCUUGUAAAGUUGAAGAAAGAACAUGCUAAACUGAUAGAGGAAGUUGAAGGACUUCGUGUUGAGAACGCCUUUCUAAAAGGAAGAUGUCAAGAACCGUCUUCAUUUACUGCACCCAAAAAUGAAAGUGUUGAUGUUUAUAAUAUUGAUAAAGCAAAGAAGUAGGACUUGACUUAUCCCUGUUAAACAAAAUUUUGCAUUGCUUAACUUCAAAGCAAUCAAAAAGUUCCAAGAACUUUCUUUUUUCACAUACUGUGUCUUGUUUGAAUUCUAUCUUUCUUAACGAACCAGUCUGGCAAAUCAGUCCCAAUUACAUAUGUUAAAUUUGCUGGGAAUUGUACCUUGCAUCUUAAUGAAUAUCAGAGGACUUCCUGUCUUUUGAAGAAGGUUAGAAGAUUUCAUAUACUAGACUAAUUGUAGAUUAAAAAGGACCCGAUACAGAUUUCACAAUGUAUAUAUGUUCAAUGUGCAACAAAUAUAUUGCAGGGCUACAAAAAUAAUCCACAUUUCUAUUGCUGAAACAUGUUUUCCACAAGCAAGUUUUUCUUUUUGAUAUAGCAAAAUGAUCAAUUAAAUCACAAGAUGAUCUUUUAUUUGAUACUCUGAACAAUAGGAAUUUGUAGACUCCCUUUCUGUAUUUGUUCUUUGCUUUGGAAUUAGUGUUUCUUUUUAGCUGAACACUGUCUAUAUAAAUAUUUAAAAGUCCAAGGCUAGUACCAAGCAAAGAUGUCAAUACCAUCAUCCAGUUCGGUGUCAUGUAUAGCAACUUACACAGUUUGUUUUCUAAGAUCACAAGUCUUCUUUAGUCUUAUUUUAAAACCAUGAAUGCCUACUGCAAAUAGGUGAAGUAUUUCACAUUUGUAAAUUGAUGCAGUCAUGUAAUGGAGGUAGAGGAAUUAAAUUAGCUCUCUAAUAUUUAUAAUGGCUAAAAUCCUGUUGCCAUAUGUUAUGCCACUUAAGGUGGAUGACAUCAUCAACCACAGCAGUUUUUCAGAAAUCAGACAUUUCUGAUUUUCCCCCUGAAGGCCCCAAGAAUCCUUUCUGUCAGGAAGCUGUGGAGGGCCACUUAUUUAAAAUCACCACUUCAGUCGCCAUUUUCCAUAAUUAAAGGCUGCGCCCCUGUCCUAUGGCUCCCAGCAACUUCCCAAUGAGAAAAGUGUUGCCAUGAAAGCCUUAGGACCUUCAGCAGAGAAAUCAGAAAUGUUUGAUUUCAAAAAAACAAUUGACAUCUCAGUUAAGUGACUGUAGUUUUGGAUAUUAAAUAAUUCAUUGUUAUCCUAAUUUAGACAUCACUUUGAUUGGAGGAAACCACAAAAUGGAAGAGAAUCUGCACUUGAGGAGGACAUGCACAUAAUUAAAGUCUAUAGUUUGAAUAAAGAGAAUGUGACUUUGAAUCAAGUCUAGAUUGCCUCUCACUUUAGGUAUUACACAGGAAUACUCAUGUACAAAAUACAUAUCUCUGGAAGUAGGUGAGCAUAGCAAAUACAUUUUCUUAGCAAAUAUGUAUGAACAUGGAUUGGAAUCCUACUUCCAGUCUCUGAGCUUGGGCAAAUAUUCUGUCAUACAAAAAGCUGAAAUACUCUUAGGUGGAUAGGUAGUUUCAACAGAAUGUAGACAAGACGAUAUUAUAGAUUUUUAUUUGUUGCUUUGAACUCUUUCAAAGAAAUGUGCACAUCUAGCUUUCUUUGUUAUGAAAAAGCCUGGGCCGUGACAGUUAGUUUCAUAGAAAAAAAGAUUGGUGAAUGUUUAGAAAUGGUCCACUCAUGCUCUAUAGUGUAUCUUUUGGCAGCUACAGCUCUUUUCUCAAAACUUUGGUUUUCUCACCUUCUAUUUGACAUGACUGCUUUCUAAAGACCAUACAUAAAAGGAUUUUGUACUCAAA